AUUCUGUGAAGAACAUGACAGCCACACGACUGGACAUUGGUAGAAAAAAAAAUGACCAGCGUCGUAGGAGCUCGAACCAUAGAUAGUAGGUAAUACCUCAGAGCGCUGCGGUCCUUGACGGAGCAGAGGGGCUGGUAGCACUCCAGCUUGCCGACGACUCGGGCGUCGACGUUGUCCUUCUGGGCUAUUCUCUUCAGCUCUACCAGUGGCGUCCAUCCUACAAGCUGCAGCAGGGGAACUGGGAUUGAUCUACAUGUAUCAUGGCAACUCAAACUUUACAUGUAUCAUGGCAGCUCAAACUAGCACUGAAAAUACAUGGAAACAAAUCUUCCACACACGCACAAAGGAAAUGCAAGCAAGCUAGCAAGAAAAUAAACUGGACAAAAAAAAAAGUCAGAAAGCGAUGUGAGGAGCCCAGGACGGAGAGACUAGCUAGAUAAGAUUGGGCCUCAGUGCCUCACCUGGGUAAUAUCGGAGGCGAUGUGCUCCUGCUGCGGCGAAGUGGCUCCUCCGGAUUCAUCAGCCCGCGCCGCCGGCGAUUUCAGCAGCGAGGGGAUCCCUCUCCUCCCUGCCCCUGCCUCCAUGCUCUCUCUUCUCAUUAGUCCCUUCUUUCUCGGUGAAAUGGGAGAGCGGCGAACACCGAACAGCGUGUUUGUUUGCUCUUCAGCUACCUCGACCCACUAAACUCCCAGCACUACUCUAUUCGUUCCCUCUGAGUUCUGCAAGGCUAGUGUAGUUUAUAGUGCAGACUGCUUGCUAAGUUGCUUUGCUCAAUUUGCUGCUUGCUAGCCUUCUACAGUGCUCCGGCUGCUUGCCUGGUUGCUUGGCUUUGGCUAGUUGGCUUAGUUGCUCGCGUAGUUGCGUUGGCCGCGUUGCUGCUUGCAGUUUCUGCUUGCUUUGUUGCUUGCUAUUUGCAAAUUUAGCUGCCCUGCAGUUGCAAAUUGCAAUAGAUUCAAGCUCAGCAAGGUCGGCAAAAAGAAAGGCUCUAGAAAGAGUUACUGAUUUGACAUAUAAUCUACAAGGAAUUCUUCAUCUAAGGUCGUGCUCCGCCACUGGGGAGGGAGGUGGUGGGGAAUGGCGGCGGCGACGCUCCGGUGGGUGCUGCAGCUGCACCGGGACGUACCGCGGGCAGCACGGUUCUACUCGGAGGGUCUCGACUUCAGUGUAAAUGUCUGCACGCUCCGCUGGGCCGAGCUGCAGUCGGGGCCGCUCAAGCUCGCACUCAUGCACACCAACGACAGUAAUCUUGCAUCGCAGAGAGUCUAUUCUUCAAUGCUCUCCUUCACUGUACCAGACAUAAACAGUGCCGUAUCGAAGCUAAUGGCAUUGGGAGCCGAGUUGGAUGGGCCAAUCAAGUAUGAGAUCCAUGGAAAAGUUGCAGCACUGCGAUGCAUCGAUGGGCACAUGCUAGGCCUGUACGAGCCAGCUUGAAGAACUCGUGUCACAACGAAAGUAUUGAGAAGUUCCAUUAACCACUCACUGAAGACUGAUGUGUAUGUCCGGCAAAAGAUCUUUCCGCGUAAGACAACUUACUGGGUCUGGUGUGCAUGAAGUGGCAGAACUCCUUUUGUUAGCAAAAUCACGAGAGACACGGUGGAUGGUUUGCAGUCUACCAUUCUCUUCCUCGUGCUGCUGGUUAUGAUACACAUUUUUCUCGAACUGAAUGUGCCUAGCAGGUCGUCGUGGUAAGCUGAAGCCAGGUUUCAGUGGUCCUGCUCGGUCAUGGCCUUGCUUCAUGGCAUUGUGCCAGUACAUCUAAUUCAAGUUUCAGUUGUAGUUUGACUGACAUUACAUGUGUGCGUAGUUUCAAUUUGCAAUUCAAGUGCAGGAGUGCUCUGCCCCUGAUCAUCCAUGUAAUUGAAAUUCUUCUGUAAGCAUUUGUUCUGACAGUAUAAUUGUGGACCAUAAAGUUGCUGUUAA